CUCUCUCUCUAUCUCUCUCUCUCAUUCUCAUUCUCUCUCUUUCUCACAAAUACACAGAAACUAGAAAGUAGUGUGUCUACUUGCAUCAGUCGGCUGUGCUUAAAAUUGAGGUAAAGAAGGCCCUUAUCUGGAGCAGACCCACAAAGGUGUUGAAGAUAAAUCAGAGUAUUCAAUAAUAAUUAAGGUUAUUGUUGAUGGAGAUGAGCUUAUUAAGGUUUUUAUGGUCAUAAUCAAACAAUUUCCCCCCCAAAAAAAAGAGACGAAUAAGAGUCGUGUUUGUUUGAGGCAUGAAUAAGAGUAGCCAGCUAGGAUCCGUGAGCAGUUCUGAUCUGAUAGAUGCAAAGCUUGAGGAGCAUCAAUUAUGCGGAGCCAAACACUGCCCUGGUUGUGGCCACAAGCUAGAAGCAAAGCCGGACUGGGUAGGUCUACCGGCUGGCGUGAAAUUUGACCCGACUGAUCAAGAAUUGAUCGAACAUCUUGAAGCUAAAGUCGAGGGGAAAGACUCCAAAUCUCAUCCUUUGAUUGAUGAGUUCAUUCCUACCAUUGAAGGUGAAGAUGGGAUUUGCUACACGCAUCCUGAGAAGCUCCCAGGCGUGACGAGAGAUGGUUUGAGCCGACACUUUUUCCACCGGCCGUCAAAAGCUUACACGACUGGCACACGAAAACGUAGGAAGAUCCAAACAGAAUGUGACCUCCAAGGUGGCGAGACCCGUUGGCACAAAACGGGUAAAACCCGACCCGUAAUGGUCCAUAACAAGCACAAAGGUUGCAAGAAGAUCCUCGUACUAUACACAAAUUUCGGUAAGAACCGAAAACCGGAAAAGACUAAUUGGGUGAUGCAUCAGUACCACUUGGGCCAACACGAGGAGGAGAGAGAAGGAGAGCUCGUCGUUUCGAAGAUUUUCUACCAGACUCAACCGAGACAGUGCAGUAAUAUUAGUAAUAAUCCGAAUAAUUCAGAGGGUCUUAUUCAUGUGACAAAUAAUAAUAUGGCUAAGAGCUCGACCUCCCGUGACUUAUCGACUGUAAACGUUGUUUUGGACCCCAAAAUCACCGGUUACAACACCGCAAUUGAUGAUCAUUUCAGCUUCCUCCGGUAUAGAAACGAGCAGCAGGAGAUGAGUGGUGAGAGAGGGAACAAUAUUGUUGGGGAGGGCUCAAUCUCAAUGAAUGUGAUGAGAAAAGAAAUGGGAGAACAAUCUGGCACGUGCCAAGAGCGUGAGAUGACACAUCAUCACCAUCAUCAUCAUAAUUCAGCAUUCCACGUCAGCACGCCUACUGUCUCUGCCAUUGGCAUUAUACCACCGGCCAUUGACCAUAUUAUUGACCCCUUUCAUCAUCAUGUGCCUAGGAUCAUCUUCCCUAACCCCAAUUUCCAGCAGCAGCAAGAAGAGGCAGAUGUACAUCAUAAUAAUAAUAAGGCAUCAUCGUCAACUGGAUCUGGACUUGAAGAACUCAUAAUGGGCUGCACCUCAACUGAGAUUAUUAAACAGGAGUCAUCGAUGGCAAACCAACAAGAGGCAGAAUGGUUGAAGUACUCCACCUUUUGGCCUGAUCCUGACAACCCAAGUCACCAUGGAUNAAAACAACAACAACAACAACUUCAUAUAUACACAUCAACAUAUACACAUACAUAA